AUGUCAAACUCGCCAACACCACCAAGUUCCAGCACGUUUGCCACUCUGCUCGGGUCAGCUACGUCUCCUACGCAACAGCCCGGAUCUGUUACGAGUUCACCGCCGGCUCUCGUCUCUUCAUUAUUUGGAGCAUGGCAAAGGGGUAUAACGGGAUCUGCUUCGACAUUGAACUCGAUAUUACCUGUGUCAGCAGCACCAUCACCACAGGCCAGUCCAGCUCAGGAAGCCCAUAGAUCUGAAGAUAGGUUAGCUGCAAAGUUGGCCUCCUUGCAGGCAAAGAAGGUCGAAGCCGUCAACAACAGUCACAACACCAAUAAUAAUACUCGCGACCACGCGAACAUCGCUCCAAUACCCAUGACUGAUGAGCCUGAAGAUAAUGAUCAAACGCCCACUCAGUCCAUGAAUUUGGCUGAUAUAUCACCCUCGCUCUCAAUAAACUCUGCAGCAAACCUAACUCCAAGAGCUUCGCCGUCAAGAACUAAUCUACGUAAUGCUAGUCUACAGGAAUCUGACACCGCCGGAAGUGUCGAUUCGGAUCGUGAUGAUUCUAGUGUCGACGGAUCUCCUGAUGAUCUGCCAGAGAUGGCAUUAUCAACACGUAGAGCAUCUUCUGUAUCUGGCGUGACUGGUAUCAACUGGAGCAGUCUACAAUCUCGAAUUGGAUCGUCAGACAGUGUUAAUUAUGGAGGUGUGUCAACUAGUAACAUGGCGGCAGCAUUGUCAACAACUGAUUUGCAAGCAAAACUGACAAAGUUGAAAAAAUACGAGAGCAAAUUUACUGAUCUAGCCAAGGCUUAUAAAGCUCUGCAGAGUAAAGUCUCUACCAUCGAAUCAGUAUUAGCCAAACAUACUCCCGUCAAGACUAUAUCGAAUAAAGAAGAGCUUUCAGCGCUAGAAAUAUAUUUACAACAGGCUUCUUCCGAGAAGCCUGAUGUACGUCAGGUGCCACCAGAAGAAAUGACAAAGCUGAAACGACAACUCAGCGAGAUGAAGGAAAUACAGCAGUUGGAAUCUCAGGCAAAGAACGAGAUGUUUGGAUCAUUACAGGCAGAAAUUACAGCCAAGAAUGAGGAAAUUGCGAAACUGAAGGUUCAAUUAGAGCUUAGAUCUUCAGAGUCUCCUCGUGUAUCUACCACCACAGAGUUACAACCUGAAUCACCACCACCUUCGGCAGCACCAAGUCUGUCUGCAGAGAGCGAUAAAGGCUCCGAUCUAGCUGUGUUGAAACAAAAGCUGAAAGAGAUGGCUACAGCACUUCGAAAAGUCACAGACCAGCGUAAUAAAGUUACCGAAGACAGGAACAAGGCCAAUGAAACGAUAGAACAGUUGAAGGCUGAGAAUAGUCAACUCAAGAGUGCAGCACCAGCAACGUCUUCUGUAGAGAAAUCAAAUGACGGAAAGUCAAUGCAGGAACUGGAAGCUAAACUGAAAUCUCAACAAGAAGAGCACGCUGAUAUCAUCGCCAAGUCGGAAUCUCGAAUGCAGUCAUAUUUAAAUACCAUAGACGAACUGCAACUGGCCAAUGCUAGUCUCAAGGAUGCCUCCAAAGAGUUUGAGAGUAGAACAAUCAGUCGUAUUGGUGAAUUAGAGGCUAGACUCGCUAAGGCUGCUGAAGAAGCCGAAAUUAAUGUCGGCGUCAAGUCAGAAUUUGCUCGUACUCGCAGACACGUCACCGAUUUGGAGGCUCAAAUAGCUCAACUUCGUAAAACUGUAGAAGACGCUGAGAAGAUUGCCUGGGAAAAGGCCGGUGAAGCUGAUGAGGCUUUAGCUAUGAAACGAGCUGCUGAUGAUACUCUGAGAACUUUACAUGCUGAUGCACAGAGAGAAGCAGGUCGAGCCUCGGCACUACAGAUGGAAUUAGAUUCCGUCCGAAACGAGAUGCAAGACAUGCUGAAUAAAGCUGUGACAUCCAGAGACGAUGCCUUGAAACGAGCCAAAGAUGCCGAAGCUGCUUCUGAAGCUCGAGAUACGAUAGAAGCAUCAGCAGUAUCGAGUAAAUAUGAAGAACGUAUGGCUGAAUUGGCUGCCAAGCUUGCUGAAGUCGAAGCUUUGUCAAAGAAACAGAUGGACGAGAUGGAGGAAAUGGCUCGCAAACGAUUAGAAGAUUUGGAGGCCAGCUCUCGUCAAGCGCAUCAAAAGAAUAUAUCUGAUUUGAAUGAAAAGGCAUCAUCAAUAGAGAAGACUCUACGGUCUCGAGUUGUCGAGAUAGAACAGGAACUCGUAGUAGCUACUACCAGCAUUACUAAAUUGCAAGCCGAUAUGCAAACUGCGACCCGCCAACAUGACGAAUCAUUAUCACAAUCCACCAUUCGAUUAGAAGACACUCAUCGUAAAGCCAUAGAACAAUUAUCCUCAUCUUUGAAACGAGAGCAUCAAAGUCAACUGGAAACUCUUCAAGAAGAGCUGAAUGCUUUAAAAGAAGACAUGACUUCAAAGGAAGUCGAAUUGACCACACUUCGUAAUAUACAAAGUCAGCCGCCUGCUAGCCCAUCAUCCGAAACAGAUGCUGCAGUAGCCGAACUGAAUACUCGGCUGGCUGUUGCUGAGAAGGCUCGAGCCGAUGCUGUAGAACGAUCAGAGAAGGUUUUGGCUGGUGUACGUAAACUUAACACCGAGCUCAAAUCUCGUCGUGAAGAAAUUGUGGCAUUGGAAGCAAAGCUCAAAGAUGUAGAUACUGAACGUGCUGAUCUGACACGUAAAGUGGAAGAUGUAAGUAAAGAACUUGUCGCUGCCAAGGCAGAUGUAGAAUCCAGCCACAGUAGAAUAGAGUCGAUGGCCAAAGCAUCCAAGGAAGCUGAGAGUAUGCAUCAGAUAGACAAGGAGGCUGUCGUCAGACAUGAGGUUGAUGCAGUUAAACUUCAUCAUCAGUCAGAGAUAGAAGCAGUUAAGCUGCAUCAUCAGGCAGAGAUAGAAGCUGUAUCAAUCAAGCAUAAAGCUACUAUAUCCGAGAUUCAAGCGCAGCUCAAAACUACUCAGGCAUCAUUACAAAAAGCUACAGAGCAGUCUCAAAGUAUGACAGCAAGGAUACAGACUCUCGAAGUAGAAUUAUCUACUGCCAAGGAGGACCUACAAGCUGCUCAACGUGAUUUGACGAAAGCCACCGAAGAAGUCAAGAAGGCUCACGAAGAUUCAAAAGCAGCAUCAUCGACUGAAUCUGCUUUUUUGCAAGAAUCUCUCCAAUCGCUACGUAAGCAGUUGGAUACACUCGCAGGUGAAAAGACGAGUCUCGAAGCCGAACGCGAUGCAGCCAAACAGGAACUGGCACAGACUUCUACAUCUAUAAAGUCUUUAGAAGCCUCUUAUCAAUCUACAGCCGAUCAACACAAGUCGAGUCUCACAGAAAUGGAGACACGUUUACGUGAAGUGACGGAAGCACUAGCUCUAGCCAAACGAGAGAUACAUACUCGUGAUGAAUCUCUAGCCGAGCAGGGUCAAACGAUGGCUGUAGUACGACAGGCUCUAGCAGAGGAAGAAGAAAAGAAGAACAAGUCAAUCCAACUGUUACGCAAUUCCAAGCAACGCAUCAUAAAGCUAGAAACAGACGUCAAGGAUAGAGAGACUGAACUUGAAGCAGUCAAGAGUAAUAUGAAUGAUAUCCUGUCUCAACGUGAAAAGGAGACCAAAGAACGAGAGACUCAGAUGGCCCAUAUGACUCGACAAGUAGAAGACAUGUCUGGUCGAUUGAAACGACAAGAAGAGUCGUUACGAGAGAUGGAUAAAAAACGUAGAGAAGCCACGACUGAGACUGAAAGACUGAGUACUCGUGUAGCUGAACUAGCCAGUCUAGAAGGGAUGCUACGACGUGAAAAGGAAGCUUUGAACGAUCAACUACGAGUACGCGGUGCUGAGCUCGAGUCAGCUCAAACCGCUCUAGAAGAAACCACGGGUCGACUAUCAUUGCUCGAGACCACAGCACGAGAAAUAGAUGACAAGAGCACAGUAUAUGAAUCUGAAUUAGAAACAUCUCGUCGACUCUUCCAAACCAAAUCUGUCGAAUGUGAUGCUAUGCGUCUGAAAAUAUCAGAAUUGGAAGCCAAGAUAUAUGAUGCCACGCAAAUAUCUGGUAGAGCUACAGAUGAAGUUGAUAAUCUCAGACGAGAAUUGUCUAGUGCUCGACGAGAUAAUGGUGCUUUAGCUUCCCAACUCAAGGCAUUUGAAGAAGAAGUGGCUGAAGCUCGUCGUGUUAAGGUUGCUUGUGAUCGAGAUGUAUCGACCUUCAAAAAUGAAGUGAGGUUGGCUCGUGAUGAGAUUGAAGGUUGGAGAGAUCGAGUCAAGGAUCUUGAGGCCAAGGAUGAAACUUGGAAGGCCGCUGUGCAGGAACAUGAGGCCAAGACACGUGAACUAGGCAAAACCUUGUCGGAUAUAGAAAAGAGACAUCAAGUAGAACUUGCUGAACGUGACAAGGUUGCUGAGGACGUGCGUAUGCGCGAAAGCCAACUUCGAAACGUAAACAAGGCUCUCAAGGAAGAAGUUCGUAAAUUAUCCAAAAAUCCAACCAAUAAUAGCUCUCCACCACCAUCACAUCGAUCAUCCUUGACUGGAGUCAACAAUGAACGAGCACCAUCACCGAUAUCAUCUACUUCUACCAGUGCUGCCCAACUCCCAAAUACGAUAUCAUCACUAUCGGGCCCUAGUUUUAUUAGUAAUGCCCCACAGUUGCCAUCAUCGUUAUCUAUAAAUCCUCGUCGAUCCAUUGUGAAUAGUAGUCCUGGAAGCAGUCCUACAGCAAGCAAUGCACCACAUUUGCCAAUGAGUGGAGAUAACCCGAAUCAAGAGUACUUGAAGAAUAUUAUUCUCAAGUUUGUGGAAUUCAAGGAUAAGAGGUCACAACUGGUCCAAGUGCUGGCUCUGUUGUUGCGAUUCUCGCCUGAUGAGUUGAAGAGGAUACAAAGGAAUCUGUAA